AUAAGCUGCACGGCCACAGCGGUUUCGGAAUUGUGACGAUGCCAAGAUUCGGCCACAAAAUGUCCAUCUCCGGCGUUACCCAAAGAAAGGGCGCAUUUAUUGGAGAUACAGGGACGAGAUCAAGGGUAUGCUGUCCAGUUAUUUACCAGUAUCCUGUUUUACACUGUGACUCCUGGCCAGGAUAAAAAUCUUACGCAUUUGCCGGGCUGGAAGCUUAUUGUUGUUGGCAGUUAGUUGUAGAGCCGCAUGGCAUCAUCUCUAAUUACUGAUCCUAGCCUCAGGAUAUCGACAAUCGCAAUAACCGGGCCCGGAGCAUUAAGUGAUUGGAGCUAUCAACAUCAAAGAAUAUAUACGGAGUAGAUAUAACAUAGUACAGAGCAGUAGCUGCGAGAGAUGUUCCCGACAACGGCCUCAUCCCUCAUCCACAACAACUCCAACUUCAGAUCCACAGCCUUGAGUUGCUGCUGUCUGGCAUCUCCGAGCAAGGCCGCUAUAAAAAUCUCUUGUCAUCACGAACCUGUACGUGGAUGCUUGGGUUUCGCAGCGAGAAGAAAAUAAAGAGCCUAUUCUACCUACUAGAGACCAGGCUCCAGCCACCCCUAUCACUCCCGGAUGAACUAGGUUUCUACUCCGCAACUCCGUCUCCAUGCUUCUACACUUGUUACCAAUAACUACUUAAGGUUAUACUGUCGCUUGGUGUGGCCUUUGCUCCGCCGUCACCUCGUCUCUGUUUAUAUGCGCCAACCGUCCGCCUUCCCUUGACCUCGUAUAACCAUCCGCGAUGCGAUCCCCUUCGCUCGCAACCUCCUUCCUCUACGCCGCCAUUAUUGCCUCGUCAUCAUCAUCAUGGCUCGCCUCCGCCUUUUCCAAUUAUUCGGAUACAUCUGUACUCCUUUCCUCAGAAAUUGCCUUUCUGGAUGAUCGUCCAAAAGACUGCCCUCCAUGUUUUAACUGCGAGCUCGAAGCCUUCCAGUGCCACCAGUUUGCAACCUGCAAUAAAUACAACGGGAAAUGCAAUUGCCCUCCCGGAUUUGGAGGGGAUGACUGUACUAUUCCUCUAUGUGGUUCCCUACCGGAUGGGAAAGACAGAGCCCCUCGGAAGGAGAAAUACUGCAAUUGUACAGAGGGCUGGGAGGGCGUAAACUGUAAUGUUUGCAAAACGGAUGAUGUCUGCAAUGUUUUGAUGCCAGAGGGCGAGGGUGGCGUGUGCUACAAAGACGGCGUUACCCAGAAGGAGAACUAUCAGAUGUGUGCGGUGACUAAUCGCAAAAUCGUUGAUAUGCUUGGGGACCAAAAGCCUGAGGUAACAUUUUCUUGUAAAGCGGAGGACCAUACAUGCAAUUUCCAGUUCUGGGUUGACCAAGUCGAAUCGUUCUACUGCAACUUGGAUACGUGUACAUGGGGCAUGGAGAGCACAUACUCCCAAAAUAAAACAACGUAUAAUUGCGAAAAAAUAAACUGUCGAUGUAUUCCUGAGAGGAUGCUGUGCCAGAGCAACGCGCUUGAUCUCAGCGACUUUUUGAAGGACGAGAUCAAGGGACCAGCUACGUUUACAUCCAUUUCAACCCGCGGAGGUAGCGACGAGGACGGAAGCAAAUUUUCGGAGCCAGUUAUGAAUGACAUGAUCAAGAAUGUCUUUGGCGAUGGGGCUAUCUUUUUAGAAUGCCGUUCGGGAGAGUGUUUGUACAAAACUGAUCUUCCAGGUUAUAAAGCGCCUGUCAAAACCAUCAAUACCCCACUUAUUGCGGGCGUCAUUGCGGGCUGCUCGCUUUUUAUCGUAGCCGUUAUCUUGGGCAUAUGGUACUUGUCUAGGCGCUCGGCCUACCGUGAUUAUAUUGCCCUACCUCUUGACGAUUCCGAUGAUGAAGGCGCAAAACUUAUGGCCGACCACAACCCUGCCUCUCUACACUUUGAAAAUGUUGCCUAUUAUCUUAACGGGAAGCAAAUUCUUUCGGGUAUUCAGGGUUCCGCCCAUCCAGGCCAAAUCAUGGCCAUCAUGGGAGCCUCUGGUGCUGGGAAAACAACAUUCUUGGAUAUUCUUGCUAGAAAGAACAAACGUGGUACUGUGGAAGGUGUCUUCUACGUGAAUGGCGAGAAGGUCGACGACGAUGAAUAUCGUAACGUCAUGGGAUUCGUUGAUCAGGAGGAUACCAUGUUACCCACUCUCACCGUCCAUGAGACAAUUUUAACUAGCGCUCUGCUCAGGUUGCCCCGGAAUAUGAGUAGAGCUGCGAAGGAGCAGAAAGUCUUCGAAGUCGAGAAGCAGCUUGGGAUAUAUCACAUCAAGGAUCAAAUAAUCGGAUCGGAGGAAGGAAAGGGGCGCGGGAUCUCUGGUGGUGAAAAGAGACGCGUUGGUAUAGCAUGUGAACUUGUGACGAGCCCCAGUAUUUUGUUUCUGGAUGAACCUACUAGUGGCCUGGAUGCUUACAACGCAUUCAAUGUUGUUGAGUGCUUGGUGACCUUGGCUAAGAACUUCAAUCGUACCGUCAUCUUUACCAUCCACCAGCCCCGUUCGAAUAUCGUGGCAUUGUUCGAUCAAUUGAUCUUACUGGCUGAAGGGAAGACCGUAUACUCUGGGCCAUUCGCAAACUGUCAACCAUACUUCGACAAUAUCGGAUAUCCCUGCCCCCCUGGCUUUAACAUUGCCGAUUAUCUCGUUGACUUGACCAUGCAUGCCAGUACCAAUCACUCCCGAUAUGAGGAUGAAAUCCGUUUAGAUGUCAGCCAUGACGCUGCCAAAACCACUUCUAGCAGCCUACGAGCGGUCAAAUCCAUCGCAAGCGUGUCGAACGCAUCCAUGGACAAUAGCGGCUCCGACCGAGCUCAGGAGUCGGGGUUCCGUCCCAUGAGCAAACGUCGACAAUCACUUAAGCAACGACAGGACAGGCAGCUCUAUACAAGAAAGAGGGCGGCUGAAGUGGAUACCCCAUCUACUUUACGCACUGACGAUGAAGAGACCAUGGCCAGUAAUCUUUCUGGAAGCGGCCAACAACGAUCACGCCAACCAAACAAUGUUACCCUUCGAGUCCUCGAUGAUCCAGAUCACCCCCCUCCGACUGCAGCGGGAUUCAGCUCCGACCUUGAUCAUCUAGUCUCCAGCUACAUCGAAUCCAACGUCGCAGCAUCUAUACGUGACGAGAUCAAUGCCGCCGUAAACAGCGCGGCAGAGGCAAACGGCGCUGCGAGCGCGGGACAGGAACCGAACUCCAACGGGUCGGUAAACAGAUCGAUGACUGGAUACGCCAAAGUUGGCCUCAUGAGGCAAUUCAUCAUCCUUUCCCAGCGCACCUGGCGCAAUCUAUAUCGCAACCCCAUGCUCAUGCUCACCCACUAUGCAAUCGCCAUCGUGCUCGCGGUGCUAUCCGGAUACCUUUUCUACGGCCUGACAGACGACAUAAAGGGCUUCCAAAAUAGGCUUGGUCUGUUCUUCUUCCUCCUCGCCCUCUUCGGCUUCAGCACCUUAACCAGCCUAAAUGUAUUCUCAACCGAACGAUUACUCUUCGUCCGCGAGCGUGCUAAUGGCUAUUACUCACCCAUAACCUAUUUCACCGCCAAGGUUGUCUUCGACAUCAUCCCGCUCCGCCUCAUCCCUCCAAUCCUUAUGGGCGUCAUCGUCUACCCUAUGGUCGGGUUGAUUCCAGCAUGGCCCGAAUUCCUCAAAUUCAUGCUCAUUCUCGUUCUCUUCAACCUCGCCGCGGCCGGAAUUUGCCUAACCAUUGGCAUCAUCUUCAGAGACGGCAGCGUCGCCAAUCUGAUUGGUAGCUUAGUGAUGCUGUUCAGUCUACUGUUCGCCGGCCUCCUUCUCAACCGCGAUGCGAUUCCGAAAUCUGCACUGUGGCUUCAAACUCUCUCCAUCUUCCACUACGGUUUCGAAGGCCUCAUCGUCAACGAAGUAACAUACCUCACCCUGAUCGACCACAAAUACGGCCUUGACAUCGAAGUACCCGGCGCCUCGAUACUAAGCGCCUUUGGCUUCAAUACCUUAGGCCUGUGGCGCGAUGUUAUCGGCCUGGGCGUGUUCUCGGGCGUGUUCAUCGUUAUUGCAUAUGCUGCUAUGCACUUUUUGCUUGUUGAGAAGAGAUAGAUAUAUAUUAUAUACUUAUAUAUAUAUAUAUAUAUAUGUGUGUGUGUGUGUGUGUGUGUGUGCAUGUGUGCAUGUGUGUGUGCAUGUGUGUAUGUGUUUGUGGUUAUGCAUGUCCAUGAGUCGGGCAAAGGGAAUGAGGUACCAUUUUCUUAAGCUGUUAUCUUUCUUAUCUUUAUUUACAUUUUUCUUGCACGUUUCCUAGCCGUGUUUUGUUUUGUUUGUUAUGUAUUGUGUUGUUUAAGUUUCUAUUGCAUUUUUUCCCCAUCCCCUUUAAACCUGUUUUGGUGCAUAUAUUUAUCCACAGGGUUUCAUGCACAGGUCUGCUACAGCAAACAGGGAACUCUAUAUGUCACAGCUAGACUUAAAAGGGUCUUACUCAGCACGGCUGAUUUGUUACAUUGACUGAACUAGCAUGAAUUUAAGAUUUAUAUGAAUGUCUAAGAUAUAUAGAUAUAUAUUUAUGUGUGAUUCGGGAUACCUUCUCUCCUUUUCUCAGACUUCUGUUUCUGGACAUCAAUCUAGCCUUCUAUUCGUUCUCCCUGAUCAAUCAUUUUUUGUGUGUAGAUAUUUAGGAGCCUGUGUACAUAGACGUACAUAAUUCUCUUUGCUUUCUCUCCCUCUCCUGCUCCCCGGGCCGUUUCUGUCUCAAAUCGAAGAUUCAUUCAUUUCUUUUUUUCCCCUUUUUUUCGCGUUAAAACUUAUUAGCGUAUAUAUCGCACCUUGACAAUCCUCGUGUCAAUUACGUGAAAUAAUGGCCGUCUACUCUCACCAUUUCCCUUUCCUCAGAUGGGGAUCCCCUAUUUAAGAAGAACUCUAGGAAAAUAGGGAAUGAAACUGUGAUUAUCAAGAAGCUCAAACAAUCAGAAAAGCCUGUCCAAUCCUGGCCUGGCCUGGCUAGAUAAGCAUCCCUUUAGAGAGUUGCAAAACUGAUCAAAAGUUUUAGUUGAUGAGGGAUUUCAGAGUUCUCAC